AUGCCUUUGGAAACAUUUGAUGGUGAUUUAAUCAAUACAAAGAUCACUGGUUGGUGCUUUUCUUUAUUGUUCUUUUGUACAUGGAACAAAAAUGUUUGUAGGAGUUCUAAUAUCUUCUUUAUUUUUCCCUCCCACUCCAUUCAACAGAUUGUGUUGCUGCUUCGGCUUGUUCCCAUACUACCAUUUAACAUGUUGAAUUACCUCCUGUCUGUGACCCCUGUUGGGAUAGGAGAGUACAUGUUAGCUUCCUGGUUGGGAAUGAUGCCAAUUACAUUUGCACUGGUGUAUGUUGGAACAACUCUUAAGGAUAUUUCAGAUGUAACACAUGGAUGGGGUGAGAUUUCAACGACUCGUUGGAUACUUAUUAUACUGGGUCUUGUGGUAUCUGUGGUAUUGAUCAUAUGCGUUACCAAAGUUGCAAAGUCAUCAUUGGACAAAGCCCUUGCUGAAAACAUGGAGAUAGAUGGAGCCUUAGCCUCGUCGAAGCUGCCCAUCGUAGCCGAUGCACCCAUGGAUCUCAACCAGCCUCUCAUAAUUAAGAUAGACUCUUCAGAAGGAAAUCAUGAAAAUUAAAACCCCAUGCCCAUGUAAAUACUCUCCCCUCUGUAUUCUAUGUCCUAUACCAACUUGAUUAGAUUGGAAUUUUCACUACGAAGAAGAAAAGAAAUGUCUGUUCUUUCAUUAUUGUUAUUAUUACUAUUAUUAUUAUUAUUAUUUAUCCCAAUCAUUUGUGUGCAGCACUAUGUGCUUGCCAAAUUUGGACAAUGUAGUAAUUUCUGCCUUGUACACAUGUAUUUCUAGAUAUAAAUGCUCCAUUUUUAGUGGGUAAGGAACUAGGGAUGUGCUCUGAAGUGUCAAUUGUCCUGAUCAAUUUACAAGCAGAAAUAUAAAUGUAGCCAACUUUCAGCCUCUU